CUUAGGGUUGGCUGCAGCUCCCUGGCAUGGGUGCUCUGUGUGACUCGACUCCUCGGGCUCCUUGUGGCCCUAAACCAGUACCUGCAUGAGGUGCACCCCCGACUCAGGGUCCACCUUUUGUCCCCGAAGGCAGCCAGGGUCACCUUGUGCCUUAUCUGGCUUAUGAUGCUUGCUCUCAUGCCUCACAGCCUGCUCAUCCUUGAGGCUUACCAGAACUCCACCUGCUGCCCCAACCUCUGCCUCGUGGAGGAAGCCUGUGCCAGCACGCCCUGGCAGGAGUGGCCUGGCUGGAGUCCUGGGGCAUACCUGCCAGGGGCCCGUAGCUGCGAUGCCCAGCAAGCCACAGUGCAUGUCUGCAACAUUGCCGGCAGCCUCACCUGCGAGCCCAGCCCUCUCCAACCCGGGCGUCACCCACUCAUCCCGCAAAGCGUUCAACAUCUGAGGCAGGAGGGGGCAGCUGAGUCCCCCAGCUCUGACCUCAGAAACUCCUACACCUGA